AUGCUAUAUAGUAAGUUGAGAGGUGUGAUGCCCAAGGUGGAUUGGAGAAGGAUAGUGUGCAAUAAUCAGGGGGCUCCUAAAUGGAUUUUCAUUUUGUACGUGGCAGUUUCAAGGAGACUUCUUACUAGAACUAGGCUAGCAAAAUGGGGAAUCAUUACUGAGGUGAACUGUCCUCUUUGUGAGAGGGUGGAUGAGGAUAUAGACCAUUUGCUAUUUGAAUGCUCUUUCUCUGCAACUAUGUGGGAGAAGGUGUUGGCAUGGCAAGGUAUACAAAGGAGAGCAAUGCCUUGGCAACAGGAAGUAUUUUGGGCAAUCUGCCAUGCUAAGGGCAGAACUGGCAAAGCUGAGGUAUACCGAAUGGCAUUGGCAAGUAGUGUUUAUCAUAUUUGGCAGGAGAGGAACUGGAGAAUAUUUCAAAAGAGAUCAAGGAGUGCAGCUGAACUUACUAGAUUGAUCAUUCAAGAAGUGCAUUGUAGAAGAGGCAAGAAAGGGGAAACAGCUAAAGCCUUAGACAAUUUAAAUUUCUAUCCCUCCUAGCUGUGUAGGAUGCAUUGAGUUGUAGUGGUUGAUGCUGA